AUUGUCAUCCUUAAUUAUUAUUCACCGUACAAUAAUCUUGACAUAAAUAAUUCCUCAAACGAAUCCAACCAAACAUCCCUUAACGUGUACAAUUUAAACAAAUAAAUUGAUCAAAUAUCCCUCAAUUACAUCUCUAAUGAGACGCAGGACAUUUAAAUUGUUAUUGACAUGUCGCCGACAUACAAGUUUCAAUUGGUAUACAUGAUGACAAGUAUAUCCAAGUUAACGUGUGAAAAUAUUUCUCUUUUCUCAUUCUAGCAAAUAUCAACACAACUUGCUUCCUCCAUAUAUCGCCCUUUCACUUAAAGCUUCAUUCCUAGAAAUUAAACAUCUUCAAAACCAACACUUAUUUUUAGCAUACAUACCAUGGACAUGCAAAUUUCACAACCUAUACCAGAGGGGGAAGAACUCAACACAGGCACAGCAAUGAUAAAAAUUCCUUUAGAAUCAGGGGAACCACCCCAUGAAGCUAUGUUCUUGGUCUUGCCCUAUCUCCCUUUAUUUGAACUUCUGUCUAUGACUCAAGUUUGCAGGUCAUUAAGAGAUGCUUUAAAAGAUGACAUACUGCCAUGGCUGAAUAUCGUUGUCGAAAAGCCAUUAAACACUCGUCUUUCUGAUGAUUUUCUGAUGAAAGUUACGUCCAAGGCAAAUAGUCGUCUGAGAGUUGUUGCUCUUAUAAAUUGCAUUAAGAUAACAGAUGAUGGGCUUCUACAAGUCAUUACCAGUAAUCCUCAUAUCAGCAAGCUCUAUUUACCAGGGUGCACAGGCUUAACCAUUGAGGGAGUACUUGGAGCAGUGAAGUUUCUUACCAAGGCUAACCACAGGUUAAAGAGCUUAAGUAUUUCUGGCAUCUAUAAUGUGAAGAGAGAGGACUUUGAAACACUUUGUCAUCUAAUGGGAAUAAACCAGAUUCAAAAGAAAGACGGAAAGAACUUCUAUCAGAAGCGAAGCAAACCAUCCACGCUUAGACAAGAAUCUCAGCCUUCAAUCGACAUAGAUGUCUGUCUGAAAUGUGGUGAAAUAAGAGAAAUCUUUGACUGCCCUAAAAAUUCUUGUGAAAGGAGAAAACAGCAACAGCUAGUAGAGUGCAGGGGCUGCUUCCUCUGUAUCCCAAGAUGUGAAGAGUGUGGUGUAUGCACCAAAGAUGAAGAAGUAGGUGAAGCAGCUUGUGCAGAUAUACUGUGCUUGGAUUGUUGGCUUCAGCUCCCAAAAUGUAGUUUCUGUAACAAGGCAUACUGCAACCAACAUGCUUACCAGCAGUCUCUACUUUCUGGCUCUUCAGGGUUUCUGUGCAGUGAUUGUAACUUUCGCUCAACACAAAGUUCACCUUAUUGAGAUUGUUUACUUAUUGAACACAGGUAAUGAAAUGUACUACAGGAAAAGAGGGCUACGACGAAAAAAGGCUAAUUUUAUGACAUUUAUUUACAAAUGUCGUAAAAUCAAUGACUUAUUUGGUAAGAAAUGGCAAAUUAUUGCGACUUUUAAUUGAAAUGUAGCUAUAUUAGUCGGUAUUUACUGACAUUUAUAACUAAUGAAGGAAAUUUGCUUAAA